AUGAUAAAUCAGGAUAGAUCAUAAAGUAAUUUUCUAAAAGAGGAUUCACAUUUACCAGUUGAAACAAUUCUAUUUUAAGGAAAGAAAUAUGUUCCAUUUUUCCUUGGAGGCUCAUAGGGAUAUUAUACAGACUAAUAACCUAUACCUCCUUAUGAUGCAUUCGAAAUGAUUUUAGAAGUGCUAGCAAUGAUAGAAUUAAUAUUAAUGUGGGUAUUCUUUGCUCAAUUGUACAAUUAAGUAUCGAAAUUUAUAAUCAUUGCUAGCUUGAUUUAGUGAUUCCAGUAUUUUAUAAUGCAUUAGGAGAAUAGACAGCAACUGGAGAUAAAAUUAUUUUGUUAGCAAUUCCAACUCUUGGCACAUUUUUUUUUGUUUUAUUAACUAUAUUAUCAUUAAUAACUAAUAGAUUUUAGUAUGAUUUGUAAGUGACUCCAGAGAAUUCAAGAAUUGUAUUUUCAAAUACUAGAAAAUUAAUUCUUGUUUUCAAAGUGAUUACAAUAGGAUUGUAUAAUUUUAAUAUAAAUCUAGGUUUAUAUUUUUGAGUAUUGGUUCAAUUAGAGUGAUUCAGAAUGAGAUCAAUGGGUAUUUGAUGUCAUAUGUUGUAUUUAUAAUAAUAGUUUAUGGAUUAGCAUAUUAUUAUUAUACAAUAGAAAUGGCAAAAAUAAUUUGA